UUUCAUACAAUUUUAAAAUUAAUUUUAGAGUUAUUUUAUAAAAAAGAAUGCAGACUAUCAAGUGUGUGGUAGUUGGAGAUGGAGCAGUUGGUAAAACUUGCCUACUCAUCAGCUAUACAACAAACAAGUUUCCUUCUGAGUAUGUACCUACAGUUUUCGAUAACUAUGCUGUUACUGUUAUGAUAGGAGGAGAACCCUACACUCUUGGUUUAUUUGAUACAGCAGGUCAAGAAGAUUACGAUCGUCUGCGUCCGCUUAGUUACCCUCAAACUGAUGUCUUUUUAGUGUGUUUUUCUGUUGUUAGUCCAUCCUCAUUUGAAAAUGUAAAAGAAAAGUGGGUUCCUGAAAUCACACAUCACUGUCAGAAAACUCCAUUUUUAUUAGUUGGUACACAAGUUGACCUUCGGGAUGAUGGAGCUACAAUAGAAAAAUUGGCUAAAAAUAAGCAAAAACCAAUAUCUAUUGAACAAGGUGAGAAAUUAGCUAAAGAAUUGAAAGCUGUCAAAUAUGUUGAAUGUUCGGCGCUCACACAAAAGGGUUUGAAGAAUGUCUUUGAUGAAGCUAUCUUAGCAGCCUUGGAACCUCCAGAACCAGUCAAACGUAAAAGGUGUAUUAUUCUGUAAACUGACAAUUUUUCCGCUUAGAAAAAGUUCAAAAGUAUUUCUGAUUGGAGAGACAAUCAUGAAGAGGAGAAAAAAAAUGUUAUCUCCAGCCAGGUUAUUCAUCAGAUUUUUUAAUAUAUAACUUUUUUUCAAUCCUGGUUUAUUGCAUUUGAAAUUCAAAUUUUUUUUAAUUUAGUUAUUUUCUGUGUGUCCAAAAUCCAAACAAUUUUUUGAAUUGAAAUGAGAGAUGACCGGUCAGCAAAUUAAAUGUGGCAAUUAGUUCGAGGAGUUUCCAACAUGUAAUAUUUUUGAAAAGAGCACAGAUUGUAUUCAUUUGAGUUUUUUCAAGUUGACGAAACCCUACUUUGAGGCUUACAACUGCAAUUUUUAAAGACUAUGUGGUGAAAAAUAUAUAUUACAUCAUGCUUUGCCAUGUUGUACCUCAGAAUUUUUUAGAGGACAAAAAUAUUAAUAUUUGGUCAACUGUAUACAAAUGAUAAUUAAAGGAUUAUUCAAAAAAUACUUUUCCAAAAAUUUGUCUGACAAUGAUAAAACAAAAGUUAUCCAUUUGGAUCGCAUUAUAUAAACUCUUGCAUGGUAAUAAACAUAGAAAUCACUGAACAAUCUUCUCCAAUGAGAAAUUUAUUCUGCUCCAAAAUGGUUAAUUUCAUUUUCAACAAACGGGUAGCUUUGUAUUUUGAAUACUUGGAUAAAUAUACAGUGUGUCCAAGGAUUGAUGUUACAAGAGGUGUGUUGGACUGAACAUUUUUGUCUUAUUUUCGUUUUCUGAAAAACUAAUAGUGAAGCUAAAAAUUUUUUUUAGAUAAUGUUAUUGUUUUGUUAUUGUUGUUAUUUCUCAUCUUGAACAACUCUUAUUGUAAUAUUUUGGUAUAUCAUGAACAUAAAGCAUACAUUACCUGAAAAAAAAAGUUUUGCUUCACUGUCAAGGUAGACGAUAUUUUUAAAAUUCAUUUUUCACCAAGUAGAACUCAAUAUCGCAAUCUUAAAAUAAAAUUAAAAGAUUUUUAAUCCAUCACUUCUCUUGAAAAAUCAAUCCUAUGACACACUAUGUAACUAUUCCUAGAGUGAUGUUGAGAAUGUUUCACAAAUUUGAUCAAAGUGUACUAGGAACAUUAUACAAUAGCACUUGCUUUCUAGUUUUUAAACUCGUUUAUAAAAAAAUUGAAAUUUUUCAUGACAGGAAUAUAAACAUAUAUUAAGUGGUUGGAAUUCAAUCUUUUAAUUUUAUGUUAAUGUCAAUUUUGAAUAGGUUUCUUUUGUUGAUGUUGAAAUGGUGCUAACAUAUUAACAUUAAAAUAUGAUUCGGAUAUGAUUAGAACAAUUUAAUGGAGGCAGAAAUAUUUUGAAAUGGGAUAACCUAUUUAAUAUUUUUGUUAAAAACUCCAAACUACUAGAUUUUGAUGGAAGUAGAAAACUUGAUUGCCUUCAUGAUAAAAAAAAGAUUACUACUUACCAGGAAAAUGUGUAAUGACUGACAGGUUAAAAUAGAAAUUCGUAUGAUGAGCUCAUAAAGCUGAUUAAACUUUAAAUGGAGAACUAUUUUAUCAAGCAGGAAUAGAUUAUUAAUUCCUUCUUAAUGAUAUGAAACCUCAUACUUGCAAAUAAAUGUAUGUUAAUUCUUCAAAUGUCUGCUUGUAUUUUUAUUACUGCAUUCAGUUUUUUCUGAAUUCAAUUCUAAUGUGUUUUCAAUUAAAUAUAUAAAAAGUUCCAAAAUAUAUGUACAGCUUGUCAAAACCAGGAAGAGAUUUGAGAAUUAUAUCUUCCUCUCUCUCACACAGUCAGUCUCCUAACAAACGUGCAUCUUAGGGGAGGUCCUAAGCCAAGACUUUGAAGUCGUUUCCUAGAUUUGACAAGCUUCAAAGCUUCUUGAAUUAAAAAACGAAACUAUUCAUUCUCACAAAGAUCACAUUAGGAAUUUGGUUUUUUUGGUAAUUCAUAGAAAAUGUUUGCCUUCAGUUUGGAACGAACUCUUGCUGUACCAUGAAUCUGAAUUCAAGUAGAAACUGAACCAUUCAAAACUAGCAGCCAUGCAUUUUCUUUUGUAGAUUUAUGAAUUUUCAACAAGUAAUGUUUUCAUUAAUUUGUAUUGUACAUAAAAUAAUCGAGAGAAAGGUCUUGAGAGAAUGUGAUAAGAUUGUAUUUUAUUUAAACAUUUUAUUCACAAUAAAAAUUUGGAUAUUUUUCCAGACUUGAUUUAGUACUAAUAUGUAGGUAUAUUUUAUUGUUUUAUAAGCGUGUACAGACGUUUGAAUGUUGUAUAAUUUAAGUAAGUAUUCUACUAUCGAAUUAUUUAAUAUGAAAAUUAAAAGUUUAUACUUAAAU